AUGGCGGGAUCCUCUAGUACAGGCUUUCCAUGGACACCUGCAACGAUCGCUAUAGCACUUAAUGCCUCCUUACAGGUUGUGCGCGAAGGAAACGAUGAUCCGUUAAAGGAGAACAACAUAAUCCAAGCCGUGGCGAAAUUGCAUGCAAGACCCAUAUGUUCUAGGUUAACCGCGCCACUCCAAUGUGUAACCACCGAGGACCUUAGGGCCCUCUUGUAUCACCGGCGUCAAAUGUAUCUGAGGGUCCGCGAACUGGCCGACCAUCCUUCUGUGAUAGGUUUCUCUAGGAGGCAAAGAACGAUAGUAAUGUCGCCAGACCAGUAUGCAUCCCAUAUUCAGGCUUUCCCGGAAGACGAACAGUUGAUCAACAAAGAAAUCUCACACUUCUUGACGAUGUGUAUGCUCUUCGGCGGGGGUGUGAUGCCUGGUUCGCGUAGAAGACGACGACAGUCAGCGAAUCAAAGGGGUACAGAGGCGACCUCUACGAAUCAUCCAGAUAAUGAUGAGGACGAAGACGAUGACGAUUUCAUGCCCCCCAUGCCUAGACGUUCGAACAGAAAUACAGGAGAAAGUUCUAGGAACACUGCAAGAGGACGUUCACGCACAACAUCGAGAUGCCAUACAACUGAUAGGGAAAUAGGACGUGGUACCACCUCGGAGAAACCUCAAGAUGACGACGACGACGAUGACGAUUUCAUGCCACAACGACCCCGCCCUCCGAGGCUUCCAUCUCCAGAGGACACCGAUGACCCUGAAAAUGAUGAUGGAUUUGCUCGUACUCAUUUUUACAACUUCCCAGAACCACCUCGGAGACGACAACCAUCUUACCCGGAUAGCUUUGACCAUCGCACCUGGAAUUCUUACGCUAAUUUGCGUCGCCACUUUCCUUCGCCCUAAGCAUCUAUUGUAACCCUAUAUAUUUUAUUCCCUUAAGGCAUGAUAUUAUGUUCUUUAG